UGUAGAACGUCACAUGUUGUUUUGCUCUUCAGUUCAGUCAGUCAGUGAUAUGCGUUAUUUACUGUUAAACUGUUACGGAUACCGUAUGGAUACCCCUGCGACUGGAAAGAACUAGAACGACAAGGUAAAAGGAGCUUUUUUUCACACAUACAAAAAGAACAGACACAAAGUUAAAAAGUGAGAGUUUAGGAGAAGAGGAUGGCGAGUCCGCCAACGACGGGUGGGCACCUAAUUUCUAAUGUUAAUAUUAAUAAUAAUACUAUUAAGAAAUGCGGAUACCUGAAGAAGCAGAAACACGGGCACAAGAGGUUUUUUGUUUUGAAAGAACACAGCGAAGGCUUGCCUGCGAGACUGGAGUACUACGAGAACGAAAAGAAAUGGAAAAACAGGUCGGCUGCUAAAAGAGCCAUAACUUUGGACUCCUGUCUGAAUAUCAACAAGAGAGCAGACGCCAAACACAAACACCUGAUCGCCCUUUACGCCAAGGACGAGUACUUUGCUGUGGCUGCUGAGAAUGAGCAGGAGCAGGAAAGCUGGUACUUAGCUUUAACUGAUUUAAUGAAUGAAGGCAAAGUGUACGACGGGUCUGCUUCCACCUCAGCUUCUUCCCUGGUGGGGACUGAAGAGACAAACUACGGGCUGAUUACUCCGGCUAGCGCAGUUUACAAGGAGGUCUGGCAGGUUAAUCUGAAAUCCAAAGGACUGGGACAGAGCAAGAAUUUAACCGGCGUUUACAGGCUGUGCCUUUCAAGCAGGACCAUUGGUUUUGUCAAAUUGAACUCUGAGGUGCCCUCUGUCAGUUUACAGCUAAUGAAUAUUAGAAGAUGUGGGCACUCAGACAAUUUUUUUUUCAUUGAAGUGGGCAGGUCUUCUUCUACAGGUCCAGGGGAGCUCUGGAUGCAAGCAGAUGACGCUGUAGUGGCACAGAAUAUACAUGAGACCAUAUUGGAAGCGAUGAAAGCAAUGAAAGAGUUAUCAGAAUUCAGACCCAGGAGUAAAAGCCAGUCUUCAGGUACCAACCCCAUUUCAGUGCCUACCAGGCGGCAUUUAAAUAACUUGCCACCUAGUCAGACUGGACUAACCCGGCGGUCAAGGACUGACAGCAUGGCAGCUACUUCACCUGCCAAUAAAUUGUCCUCUUGUCGUAUCCGGACAGCGAGUGAAGGGGAUGGAACCAUGUCCAGACCAGUGUCCGUGACUGGGAGCCCAAUCAGUCCAAGCACGGUAAGGACACAUCUGCGUCGAUCCAAUACUGUCACCACUGGACCUUCAAGAGUUUUCAGUACUAAUCCAUUGCACCAUAGCAAAUCAAUGUCUAUGCCAGUUUCUCAGUCACCGCCUUCAACUACAAGUCCUGUGAGCUUGUCAUCAAGCAGUGGGCAUGGCUCAGCAUUAGACACUAUUCAGCGGCCAUCUAGUGGGAGUGCCUCCGUCUCAGGGUCACCUAGUGACUGUGGCUUCAUGUCCUGUGAUGAGUGUGGCUCAAGUCCAGUGGAUGUUAGACAGUAUCUAGGCAUCAGAAGCAACACACCUGAGUCCAUUGAUGACACGCCACCAUACCGUGAGAACAGUGACUUGUAUAACUACAUGACAAUGGCCAGGCCUACCAGUUAUAUUCGGGCAUCAAGAGAAGAGUUAUUGGACUUAGAUAAAGCAUACAGAAAGAGGACCUAUUCGCUGACAACACCACCACAACAGAGAGCAGCAUCCACUGUCUCCUCAGCAUCGCUGGAUGAGUACACAUUGAUGAGAGCAACAAACGCCAGCAGCAACUCUGGCAUCCAUUCAGCAUCACCGAAAGUUACUUACAGCCCAUAUCCAGAAGAUUAUGGUGACGUUGAAAUUGGGUCACACAAAAGCUCAAGCAGCAACUUGGGUGAUGAUGGCUACAUGCCGAUGACACCUGGAGUGACAGCUAAUUCCAGCAGGAAGGAAGACUACAUGCCAAUGAGUCCCACUAGCAUCUCCGCCCCUAAACAAAUCAUCAACCCAAGAUGUCACCCCCAAGUGAAUUGGAAUGGCCACACAACCAAUUCUCCCAGCAGCUGCUGUCUUGAUGACAACGGUUAUAUGAGAAUGUGGUGCAGCUCCAAGUUAUCGGUUGAGAGCUCUGAUGGUAAGCUUACAAACGGCGACUACAUGAACAUGUCCCCUGCUGACCACUGUGUCUCGCUUACGCCCCCUGAUUAUUUUCUGAGCUCCUAUAACAGCGAACACCCAAAACCUUCUUUUGCAUUUAAUUCAUUGCCUCGAUCAUACAAGACACAGGUACAAAAAAAUGGGGACACUGAACAGUAUGUAAUGAUGAACUUGAAGAAUCAAAUGAUUGUUGAAGAGUCAGAUUGCUGUACGAUGUUGGCCAACUUGGCUGUAACAAACCACUUGGCUUCCUCGCCAGUAAGACAACAUUUGGGCCAUAGGGGGCGAAACAUCAGGCCAACCAGGUUGUUUCUGGAUACUUUGAAGACUUUGCCAAGUAUGAAUGAGUACCCCUUGCUACCUGAGCCCAAAAGUCCAGGGGAGUAUAUAAAAAUAGACUUCAGCGAAACUACAAGGUAUUCGCCUCCUUUGUCUACAGAGAGCCUGGCCUCUUCAUUGGGCUCUACAAAUGGACACAGGAGAUCCCCUUUAUCAGAUUACAUGAACACUGACCUGAGUUCACAGUCCCCUAAGUCUGGGGAUGACCCUGUAGUUUCAUUGAGUGUGAUGUCUGCCUUAUCAUGUCCUUGCAGAAGCCAGCCUGAAGACAAGUACCUCAAAGCGCAGACUGUGCCUGUGUGCCUCUCUAGUCCUGUAAAAGAUGAUUACACAGAAAUGACAUUUGUGAUGGCAAAUACACCUCCACAGCCUAUUUCACAAAAAACAGAAAGUGCACAAACUACAAGCCCCACAGAUGUGGUAAACCGAAUAACCUUGACAGAUCAGGUGUCAGGGGUUGAGGCUUUCAUGCUGACUGGCCCCUCACUGGACCCUGACAGAGGGGCUAAGGUGAUCCGUGCGGACCCCCAGGGACGAAGACGCCACAGUUCUGAAACCUUUUCCUCCACCACUACAGUAACGCCUGUCUUUCCAUCCUUUGCACAUGAUCCCAAGAGACACAGCUCUGCCUCUGUAGAAAAUGUUUCUCUCAGGAAAAGUGAGGGGUCUGAAGAAGAGUAUGGCAGUCCAAUGUGUCGUGAGACAUCUGCAGGUUUUCAAAAUGGACUGAAUUACAUUGCCUUAGAUCUGAUGGAUGACAGCUUUGGAAACUGCGAAAACAUUGUAAGACUUAAGACAGCCAAUUACUUAAAAGGCAGUAUGAAUGGAAUAGAUUCCAGCCAUUAUGCCAGUAUAGGCUUUUUAAAGGAAAGAACUGCUGCUACUCAAGAUUAAGAAAAAACGAUGUUUCUUCUCAGCAAGAACACACUCUACAUAAAGUUCAACGCUGAAGAAGCUGCUCUGAGUAUAAUUGUAACACAAGCUGCUAAAGGGUUACUGUUUUAGACACCAAUAUGUCAAGACAAUGGUGGCACUUGCAGUAUGUUUGUGCAGUGAAUUUGCGAGGCUUGAGGACCUCUCCGCCUCACUUACUUCAAAUCAGGAACCAUCAUCUUGCUGCUUUCCUUCAACAGUAAACGGUAAAAUGUCUUGCUUUACCAGAAAUUAGUUUUUAGCCGUUUCUGCGACAAAACCUGGAACGUUUGGCAGACAACCUUAAUUUGCCAGCAUCACAAGAAGGCUUCACGAAUGUACAGCAUUAUGGGAGAUAUGUUUGUGCUUCUGUGGCACAGUGGCAAAAAAAAAAAAAAACUUGAAGAGAAUUAAAAAAAAAAAUAAAUAAAAGACACGACACGACACCUUGAAGCCCUACCUCAAAGUUAUAAAAGCCAGGUAAUAUUGCAAAAGUAAUGAAAGGACUUCAGUUAUUUUCAAAACCGAAUGUCUCACACGACAAAUCCAAAGCCUUACCGACUUUUUGGUCCAGUUUGACCUAAAAAGAAGAAUAAAAAAGGAUCCUCUGCCAUUUAAGAUGA